GCAAGUAUUAUAUACUUUGAGCUGGAGGUCACAGUAGGUAAAGCAAAUGCGAAACACCGAUACGUGGAUAACGUACAAAAAGACCUACGAGUAAUCGAACUAAAUCAGUAUAAGCAUACUGCAUGUUGACUGCAACCGAGAGCAAGAUGGACUUCCCAACCAGUCUGCCCACUUUUCAAUUGUUGUUGGUGUUUGUCUGUUCGUUUAUUGUAUCCAUUUGGUUUCUCCGAAGGCGAUCCUUUUACCGUAGGUUGCCUCCAGCUCCCUGGUACAUACCAUUCAUUGGCAGUCGGCAACUUUACAGCUCGACUAUGCACCUAGACCUCACCAAAACAGCGGAGCAAUAUGGCGGUAUAUAUACACUGCAUCUGGGUACCAGUCCACUUGUUGUUCUAAGCAACUUCGCCGCCAUCAGGGAAGGGCUGGUCAGACAAGCUGUAGAUUUCAGCGACAGGUUCAAAUUUCCCUUCACCAUGAAAGAAGCGAAACUUGAAGGUAGCAUUCUGCUAUCUAAUGGGAUUCCAUGGUCAGCCCGUCGUCGUGUCGCAAUAACUGCUCUGCGUUCAUUCGGCAUGGGCAAACGUAGUCUAGAGAAUCGUAUCAACGAAGAGGCUAGAUAUCUAUGCGAUGCUAUGGAUCAAAGCAACGGAACGCCAUUCGAUCCUGCACAUCUUGUGAAGAGCGCUGUCUCCAAUAUCAUUUGCACCAUAAGCUACGGGCAGCGUUACGAUUACAACGACCCAGUGUUCAAGAGUCUCUUGGCAAACCUCGAUGUCUUCUUCAGAGCAUCCGCAGUAGAGACCAUUCUUUGGGGGCUACCCUUCGUAAAUUGGUUCCCUCCUUUGAAUAAAUUUAAAGCUGCUUUCGAAGCGGCCACGAGUUUCAGCAGGCAAAUGGUACAGUCGCAUCGAGCAACCUUUGACCCCGAUAACAUCCGGGAUAUGAUUGACGCAUUUAUUCUGGAAAGAGACAAACACCAGGAUGCUAAGAAUGAGUUGAAGGAAGCAUUUCGGGAGGAUUUGAUUUGGAGAGCUAUCCAUGACAUGUUUGCUGCAGGAACGGACACCACAACGUAUACAAUCUUGUGGCUUAUUCUCCUCUUGAUGAAGUAUCCAGAUAUACAAACCAAGGUGCAAAAGGAAGUUGAUGACGUCAUUGGACAGACCCGCCCACCAUCGGUUGCCGAUCGUGCCCAUAUGCCAUACACAGAGGCAACACUGAUGGAAGUACAGCGCUAUCGUACAGUAGCCCCCUACCUACCACCUCGUGCUGUACCCAGAGAUGUGGAGAUUAUGGGGUAUUCUAUCCCCAAGGGUACCCAGAUAUGGGUGAAUCUGUGGGGAGCACUGAAUGAUCCCUCUCAUUGGGUUAACCCAGACAGUUUUAACCCUUCUCGAUUUCUGUCUGAUGAUGGUCAACAGGUCGUCGUGCCGGAGGCAUUCAUACCCUUCGGAGCAGGUCGUCGGGCAUGCGUGGGUGAACAUCUCGCCAAGAUGGAACUCUUCGUUUUCUUCACCAACUUCAUGCAGAGGUUUACCUUUAUUCGUGACGGUACAUCGGGUCUAGACAUGACUGGCAAGAUUGGUAUUACGUUUGUUCCUCGUCCAUAUCAAACCAUUGCCGUCAGAAGAUGAAGCGUUUCUUUCUUUUUUUAGACCUGAAUCAUAAUGACAUCACACUUUGUUUACAUGCUUUCCUCUUGGAGGCAGAUGUGGAAGACGGUCAUCAAGCUCCUUCUAUAAGGGCAUCCCUCUUUAUUUCUCAUACAAUUAUUCCUCUGAAGUAGGAUCGGUCAGUUGGCCAACCCACCCCCCACCCCAAAAAAAACUGAAAAAAAAAGAAUUGAAAAAAAAAGAAUUGCAGUUUCACCGUAUUGUAUCUUGCUAUAUUUAUUGCAAUGAGUCUAUCACGAGAUAUCACGAGUUGAACAAACUACAUGUAAUAUGUUUUCCCGGCAAUUUUAGAAUGUUUAUCAUUCGAAUUCACCGUUUCUAUUCAAAUUCGUCCAUCAACAUCGAUUUAGUGCACUUCCAAU